GCUUGCUGCUCGUACUUGUACCCGAACGAAAGGUGGGUGGUGUGCGAUAAUAACAUGAUGCUUUCGCGACGAUCCUUUGCCUACUCGCCAUCGAUGCCGUAUUCGUACUCGUAGCCACGGAUGAUCUCGAACUGUGAUUAAUUCAUAAUUACAUAUACAGAAAGGUUAUGUUUGCAAAGCUGAACGUUAUUUUAGAAAAUAUUUUACGAGUGUUUGUGCCGUGAAUCGUGAAAUCAAAUUAGACAAGAUUUGUUACAGUUUUCUUAUUUAUGUUUAAUAUUGUGUGUGCCGACAUAUCUAUGUGGAUAGCAGACUUGGAAUAACUUUCUUGGAUUCAGUAUCAGAUAUUUGAGUGUGGCGUGGUGAGGUUGGUUGGUCGCCAUGACGACCGACAUCUCGGUGUCCCGCUGGGACCCGUCCAUCGGCCACGGACAGGAGAUCAUUGAUGACUUCGAAUACGAUGGCGGCAAUUCGUCGUCGAGGCUAUUCGAACGAUCGCGCAUCAAAGCGUUAGCAGACGAACGAGAAAGUGUACAGAAGAAGACUUUCCAGAAAUGGGUAAACUCACACCUGGUGCGUGUGGGUUGCCGCAUCGGCGACCUUUACGUGGACAUGAGGGAUGGGAAAAUGCUGAUCAAGCUCCUCGAGGUGCUCUCCGGAGAGAGAUUGCCUCGCCCGACCAAAGGCAAGAUGCGAAUUCAUUGCCUGGAAAAUGUUGACAAAGCGUUGCAGUUCCUGAGGGACCAACGCGUGCACUUGGAGAAUAUGGGAUCACACGACAUCGUCGACGGUAACCCGAGACUCAACCUCGGUCUCAUCUGGACGAUUAUCCUUCGCUUCCAGAUCCAAGAUAUCACAAUUGAAGAGACGGAUAAUAAAGAGACAAAAUCAGCAAAGGAUGCAUUGCUAUUAUGGUGUCAAAUGAAGACAGCCGGUUAUAACAACGUCAAUGUACGUAACUUCACGACCUCCUGGCGAGACGGGUUGGCGUUCAACGCGAUUAUACACAAACAUCGACCAGACUUGAUACAGUUUGAGAAACUACAUAGAAAUAACUCGAUGCAUAACUUGAAUAAUGCCUUCAAUGUGGCCGAGGACAAGCUUGGGCUAACUAAACUGCUCGAUGCUGAAGACAUCGCUGUCGAGCACCCAGAUGAGAAGUCGAUCAUUACAUACGUCGUGACAUACUAUCACUACUUCAGCAAGCUGAAGCAGGAGACGGUGCAGGGCAAGAGGAUCGGCAAGGUGGUCGGCAUAGCCAUGGAGAACGACAAGAUGAUGCACGAAUACGAAUCGCUUACAAGCGAUCUUCUACAAUGGAUCGAGCGUACUAUCGAAGCGCUAGGCGACAGAACAUUCGCCAACUCAUUGGAGGGAGUGAGACAGCAACUUAUUCAGUUUGCCAACUACCGUACUGUCGAGAAACCACCUAAGUUCAUCGAAAAAGGCAACUUGGAAGUGCUGCUGUUCACGCUGCAGUCGCGGAUGCGCGCCGCCAACCAGAAGCCAUACACGCCGCGCGAGGGACGCAUGAUACACGACAUCAACCGCGCCUGGGAGCGUCUCGAGAAAGCCGAGCACGAACGCGAACUCGCGCUUCGAGAGGAACUCAUCAGACAGGAGAAGCUGGAACAACUCGCAGCCAGAUUUAACCGCAAAGCACAAAUGCGAGAGACAUGGUUAUCUGAGAACCAGCGUCUGGUCAGCCAAGACAACUUCGGGUUCGACCUGGCAGCGGUGGAGGCGGCCGCCAAGAAGCAUGAGGCUAUUGAAACUGACAUCUUUGCGUAUGAGGAACGCGUUCAGGCAGUUGUGGGAGUUUGCUCCGAGCUGCAGGCAGAAAGGUACCAUGACCUGGAGCGCGUGUCGGCGCGGCGUGACAACGUGCUGCGCCUGUGGGCCUACCUGCUGGAACUGCUGCGGGCUCGCCGCGCUCGCCUCGAGCUGUCGCUACACCUACAGCAGAACUUCCAGGAAAUGUUAUACAUCCUGGAUUCUAUGGAAGAAAUUAAGCUGCGCCUACUGACAGACGAUUACGGCAAGCACCUGAUGGGCGUAGAAGACCUGUUACAGAAACAUGCCCUCGUCGAGGCCGACAUCAACGUGCUGGGAGAACGAGUCAAGGUGGUAGUGGGGCAGUCGCAUCGGUUCCUGGAGCAGGAGGAGGGCGGGUACCGUCCGUGCGACCCCGCCAUCACCGUCGAGCGCAUACAGCAGCUCGAGAACGCGUACGCGGAGCUCGUGCACCUCGCCGUCGAACGCAGAAAGCGUUUGGAGGACAGCCGCAAAUUGUGGCAGUUCUACUGGGACAUGGCCGAUGAGGAGAAUUGGAUCAAGGAGAAGGAACAGAUUGUCUCCGUGGAUGAUAUUGGUCACGAUCUCAGCACUGUGUACCUGCUGAUUUCGAAGCACAAGGCGCUGGAGGCGGACGUGCAAGCUCACGAGCCGCAGCUGAUGAGUGUUGCCGCCGUCGGAGAUGAACUUAUAUCACAGGGACACUUCGGAGCCGACAGGAUACAGGAACGCUUGCGCGACAUCCUGUCGCAAUGGAAUCAUCUGCUGGACGUGGUAGCGCUCCGCAAGAACCGCCUCGAUGCCGCCAUCCGCUACCAUCAGCUGUUCGCAGACGCCAGCGACAUCGAGAACUGGAUGAUGGACACGCGCAGAUUGGUAUCAUCCGAAGACACGGGUGUUGACGAAGCUCAAGUUCAGAGUCUACUGAAGAAGCAUAAGGAUGUGACCGAUGAACUGAAGAACUACGCCACCAUUAUAGAGCAGCUCAAACAACAGGCGGGCGAGCUGAGUCCCGAGGACGCGGGCAGCGCGGGCGUGCGCGAGCUGCUGGCGCGGCUGGACGCGCAGCACGCGCAGCUGGCGCAGCUCGCGCGCGCGCGCCGCGACCGCCUCCUCAACGCCAUGUCGCUGUUCAAGCUGCUCGCCGACGCAGACGCGGCCGACCAGUGGAUCGCGGAGAAGGACCGCAUGCUCGACACCAUGCUGCCGCCCAAGGACAUCGACGACGUCGAGAUCAUGAAGCACAGAUACGACGGAUUCGACAAGGAGAUGAACGCGAAUGCGUCCCGCGUGGCCGUCGUGAACCAGCUGGCGCGGCAACUCAUACAAGUGGAGCACCCGCACGCGCCGCACAUCACGCGCCGGCAGGCCGACCUCAACCAGGCCUGGAGCGCCCUCCGCGACAAGGCGGAACAAAAGAAGGACGAGUUGAAGUCUGCGCAAGGUGUGCAGACUUUCCACAUCGAGUGCCGCGAGACAGUCUCCUGGAUCGAGGACAAGAAACGUAUCCUGCAGCAAACCGGAGAUCUGGAGAUGGAUCUCAACGGUGUGAUGACGCUGCAGCGCCGCCUGUCGGGCAUGGAGCGCGACCUGGCCGCGAUCCAGGCGCGCAUCUCGUCGCUGGAGAACGAGGCGCAGGCCAUCGAGGAGGAGCACCCCGAGGAGGCGCAGCUCAUACGCGAGCGUGUGCACCUCAUCACCGACAACUGGGACCAGCUCACGCAAAUGCUCAAAGAACGCGACGCGAAACUGGAGGAAGCUGGAGAUCUUCAUCGCUUCCUGCGCUCCGUCGAUCAUUUCCAGGCCUGGCUCACCAAGACCCAGACCGAUGUCGCCUCCGAAGAUACACCAUCGAGCUUGGCGGAGGCGGAGAAACUGCUGUCUCAACACCAGACUAUCAAGGAGGAGAUCGACAAUUACAAGGACGAGUAUGCGAAGAUGAUGGAGUAUGGAGAAAAGAUCACUGCGGAACCAUCCACUCAAGACGAUCCGCAAUACAUGUUCCUCCGCGAGCGCUUGAAGGCACUCCGCGAGGGCUGGGCCGAGCUUCAGCAGAUGUGGGAGAACCGCCAGCAACUGCUGGCCCAAAGCCUGGAGCUGCAGCUGUUGCAGCGUGAUGCUCGCCAGGCAGAGGUGCUGCUCGCGCACCAGGAACUUAGAUUGGCGAAGACUGAACCACCAACUAAUUUGGAACAAGCCGAAAACCUCAUCAAGGAACACGAGGCCUUCCUUACAACUAUGGAAGCUAACGAUGACAAGAUCAACUCUGUUGUGCAAUUCGCCAAUCGUCUCGUAGAAGAAAGGCACUUCGACGCCGACAAGAUUCAACGCAAAGCCGAAAACAUCGAGGGUAGGCGUAAUGCCAACCGCGAGAAAGCUGUGCAACAAAUGGAAAAACUGCAAGAUCAACUGCAACUCCACCAGUUCCUCCAGGACUGCGACGAAUUGGGAGAAUGGGUGCAGGAGAAAAAUGUCACCGCUCUCGAUGAUACCUACCGCUCGGCCAAGACCAUCCACUCUAAAUGGACCCGUCAUCAAGCAUUUGAGGCUGAGAUUGCGGCUAACAAGGAAAGAUUAUUUGCCGUUCAGAACGCAGCAGAGGAGCUUAUGAGACAGAAACCAGAAUUUGUACAAGUGAUCUCACCAAAGAUGCAAGAAUUGCGAGAUCAAUUUGAAAAUCUGCAAACAACCACAAAGGACAAGGGCGAACGUCUCUUCGACGCCAACCGCGAGGUCCUGUUGCACCAGACGUGCGACGAUAUCGACUCAUGGAUGAACGAACUCGAAAAGCAAAUCGAAAACACAGACACUGGCACUGAUCUAGCAUCUGUAAACAUUCUAAUGCAGAAGCAACAGUUGAUUGAGACUCAGAUGGCCGUAAAAGCUAAACAGGUGACUGAGCUGGAGACUCAAGCGGAGUACUUGCAGAAGACAGUACCUGAUAAGAUGGAGGAGAUUAAGGAGAAGAAGAAGUCUGUGGAACAGCGAUUCGAGCAGUUGAAGGCACCGUUGUUGGAUCGCCAGCGUCAAUUGGCAAAGAAGAAGGAGGCGUUCCAGUUCCGUCGCGACGUCGAGGAUGAGAAACUGUGGAUCCACGAGAAGAUGCCGGUCGCCACUAGCACGGACUAUGGCAACUCGUUGUUCAAUGUACAAAUGCUGCAGAAGAAGAACCAGUCGCUCAAAACUGAGACUGAUAAUCACGAGCCAAGAAUUCUAACUGUGAUCUCGAAUGGACAGAAGUUGAUUGACGAGGGUCACGAGGCCACUCCCGAAUUUCAGAAGCUUAUCGAAGAACUCACGGCACGAUGGCAAGAACUUAAAGAUGCUAUCGAACAACGAAAGAGUAACCUGUCACAAUGGGAGAAGGCUCAACAGUAUCUGUUCGACGCGAAUGAGGCGGAGGCUUGGAUGAGUGAACAAGAGCUGUACAUGAUGGUGGAAGACCGUGGCAAGGACGAGAUCUCUGCUCAGAACCUGAUGAAGAAGCAUGAGAUCCUGGAACAAGCAGUUGAUGACUACGCACAGACCAUCCGUCAGCUCGGCGAGACUGUCCGCCAGCUUACUGCUGAAGAACAUCCUCUCAGCGAAAACAUCUCGGUGAAGCAGUCGCAAGUGGACAAGCUGUACGCGGGCCUGAAGGACCUGGCCGGCGAGCGGCGCGCCAAGCUGGACGAGGCGCUGCGGCUGUUCCAGCUGUCGCGGGAGGUCGACGACCUCGAGCAGUGGAUCGCAGAGCGCGAGCUGGUCGCCGGCUCGCAGGAGCUCGGACAGGACUACGACCACGUCACCCUCCUGUGGGAACGAUUCAAGGAGUUCGCUCGCGAGACACAAGCGGUGGGCUCGGAGCGCGUGGCCACCGCCGAGCGCAUCGCCGACCAGAUGAUCGCCAUGGGACACUCCGACAACGCCACCAUCGCGCAGUGGAAGGAGGGCCUCAAGGAGACCUGGCAGGAUCUCCUCGAGCUCAUCGAGACCAGGACUCAGAUGUUGGCCGCUUCCCGCGAGCUGCACAAGUACUUCCACGACUGCAAGGACACCCUGCAGCGCGUCAACGAGAAGGCGCGCGGCGUCAGCGACGAGCUCGGCCGCGACGCCAUCAGCGUGGGCGCCCUGCAGCGCAAGCACUACAACUUCAUGCAGGACCUCUCCACGCUGCAGCAGCAGGUGGACGCCGUCAGCGACGAGUGCGCUCGCCUGCAGGCCUCCUACGCCGGAGAUAAGGCGCUGGAGAUCACCCGUCGCGAGGCGGAGCUGCGCGAGGCGUGGCGCGCGCUGACGGCGGCGUGCGGCGCGCGGCGCGACAAGCUGCUGGACGCCGACGACCUGUACCGGUUCCUCACGCAGGUGCGCGCGCUCGCGCUCUGGAUGGACGACGUCGUGCGGCAGAUGAACACCGGCGAGAAGCCCAGAGACGUAAGCGGCGUGGAACUGCUAAUGAACAAUCACCAAUCGCUGAAAGCGGAAAUUGACACCCGCGAGGACACAUUCUCGGCGUGCAUAUCACUCGGCAAGGAACUGUUGUCCCGGCAGCACUACGCCUCCGCCGAUAUCAAGGAGAAGUUGUUGCAGCUCACCAAUCAGAGGAACGCGCUGUUGCGCAGAUGGGAGGAGCGCUGGGAGAAUCUGCAACUCAUCCUGGAGGUGUACCAGUUCGCGCGUGACGCGGCGGUGGCGGAGGCGUGGCUGAUCGCGCAGGAGCCGUACCUCAUGUCGCAGGAGCUCGGACACACCAUCGACGAGGUCGAGAGCCUCAUCAAGAAGCACGAGGCCUUCGAGAAAUCGGCCGCCGCGCAGGAGGACAGGUUCAGUGCCCUGCAGAGGCUUACCACGUUCGAGGUGAAGGAAAUGAAACGGCGUCAAGAGGCUGCUGAGGCUGCCGAGCGAGAGGAGCGCGAGCGGCAAGCCGCCGCCGCUGCUGCCGCUCAGGCAGCCGCCCAGCCAGCUGUUGAUGUCACCGACCAGCCGCAGGUCGUAAGGAGAACGUCCACUAAAGCGGCUGAGAAGGCCCAAGAGCGACCGCAUUCCCAGCCAGCGCCCGGUUCGAGCUCGACACCCGCAACACCGUCGAGCUCCGGUAAGGUGAAGUCGCGAUCGCGUAGCAAGUCACCGUUCAGGAGCUUCCGCUGGCGUACUGCGAAGAAGUUGAUCGCUGGUUCACCGCACAGUGACGAUGACGAAGAGGGCGCUAGUCCCGUUAGUGAGGACGAGGGUGUGGAAGGAACAUUGGUGCGGAAACACGAAUGGGAGUCCGCCGCCAAACGGGCCUCCAACAGGUCAUGGGACAAAGUGUACGUAGUGGCGAAGGACGGUCGCAUGUCAUUCUUCAAAGACCAGAAGGCAUACAAGGCAGCGCCCGACCAGCCGUGGCGCGGGGAGGCUCCGCUCGACCUCAACGGGGCCGUCAUAGAGGUCGCCGCCAACUACACCAAGAAGAAGCACGUGUUCCGGCUUAGACUGGGCAGCGGCGCGGAGUGGCUGCUGCAGGCGGCGGACGAGGCGGACAUGUCGCGGUGGCUGGAGGCGCUGCGGGCCCGCGCCGCCGCGCCCGCCGCCCGCAGCCACACGCUGCCCGCGCCCGCCAACACCGAGCCCAAGCGACGCUCCUUCUUCACGCUCAAGAAGAAGUCAGUCGCCACCUUUACAUUCCUAUUCGCUCCGUAGCCGCGACACGCAUGACGCACGACGCAUGACGCGCACGUGACGCACCACGUGUGUAUUACAUGUAGGGACCUCCCGGCGUAUAACUUGAGCCGACGUUGACGCUAAGUAGAGCUGGCAUAGUAA